AUGAUUAAUGUCUUUGAUUCAAUGGAAGAUGCAGGAAAUCAUAUUAAAGAAAUUUUAUAUUGUCAAGUUAUAGAACCUAUGAAAAUAUUUAUUGAACAAUGGAAUGUUUAUUAUAAAAGAAUAAGUAUACUGAAAAAUAGAAAGAUAGAUAUGGACAGACACUUUGAAAAAUUAGAACAAAUUAAAAAGAAAGGAUUGAAGAAACAAAAUGGACUUAAUGAAGCAGAAGCAAAAUACAAUGCAUCAAAAGAAUCAUAUAUAUUAUUAAGAAAUGAAUUAAUUAAUGAUAUUAAUAAAUUGAAUGAAAGAAUAGAUGAGAUGAAUGAAAAAGUAGAACGUUCUAUCAUGUUAGGAUUUACAGAAUAUAUUAAUUGUUUAAAUCUAUCUUGGGAAAAAGUCCCAGAAAUGCUUAGAAACAUGAAUAAUGGUGAUAUCAACACACAACCAGUAUAUACACCAAAUGAUCAAUCUAUGAUUAAUGAGUCUAAUCAACGUAUUAAUGAAUUAAAAGAAUGUAAAGAUGAAAUCGUAGAAACAGUGAUACAUCAACCAAUGAAGAGUGAAGAAGAACAUGAAGAAAUUGUAGUUUGUCAAUUUGCAUAUUCCGCAGAAAAUGAAACUGAACUCUCACUUAAAGAAGGGGAUAAAAUUAAGAUUCUUAAUAAAAAGGGUGAUUGGUGGCAAGGAGAGUGUCAAGGGAAUAUUGGUUUUUUCCCUUCGAAUUAUGUUAAAUAA